AGUAGACGCUCUCCCCAACCUGUGAACAUAUUUUUCGUUGGAGAAGGAGAGUCGUGAAUAAAGGGCUUCUUCUUCUCUCUCGUAUUCAAAAUCAGGGAAUAAAUAAGGAUCCACGACCACUUGCUUCUGCAAUUUUGAUCCAUCGCUCACGUAUUGAAUCGGUUGCGCCUUGGUGAAGGAUCGCUGAAAGCCUCCCCUCCUUGUCUGAUCUUGGGAAUCACGCGUUCAGCCGAAGAAGCUUCAAGAUGGACCACAAUGAUAUGGGAUGCCAAACUCCUCCAGAAGCCCCCAUCUUGUGCAUCAACAACUGUGGCUUCUUCGGCAGUCCUUCAAACAUGAACAUGUGCUCCAAGUGUUACAAGGAUGCAAUGUUGAAGCAACAACAAGCCAAGCUUGCUGCAUCUUCAAUCGAAACCAUUGUCAACGGAUCAUCAUCGAGCUGCAGUGAGAAUGAAUCUGCAGUUGCAGCAAAUGGGCAAACUGAAGCAGUUGAAGCAAAGGAACUUGACGUGCAACCAAUUAACUCUUCAAACCCUACAGAGAUCGUUGAGCCCAAGAAAAAAGAGGGCCCUAACAGAUGCAGUAGCUGCAAGAAAAGGGUUGGCCUAACUGGAUUCAAAUGCCGAUGUGGUAACCUCUUUUGUGGAACGCAUCGUUAUUCUGAUAAACAUGACUGCCCCUUUGAUUACCACACUGCAGCCCAGGAAGCUAUAGCAAAAGCCAAUCCAGUGGUGAAGGCGGAGAAGCUUAACAAAAUCUAGAGAAAGAGGCGAAAAGAGAAGCACUUUGAAUCAUUUUGGGGGCUCAUUGUAAGUUUACUUGCUGCUUAUUUCACGUAUCUUGUAACGCUUUUGAAGCUUUGCAGCUAGAAAACUAUUACCUGAAGAAUUCUUUUCGCGCCUUAAUGAUUCGAAUUGUGUUGGCUUUGGUUUGUGUGUGUUUUGUGUGCCAAUUUAGGUGGGAAGAAUGUUGUGAUUGGGAGUGGUGGUACCUUGUAAAUUGUGUGGUUAUUCUAUUUGCCUUGAUGCAGUUUGUUUCU